AUGGCUCUUUAUGUCUCAGCAAUUGCAUUUGUUGUGCCACCUGGACAGGAACCACUUCCUGGACAAUGGGCUGUCGGUAGUAUUACCAUAUUGCUAGCUUGGUUUAAUCUAUUAGAUUAUCUUCAGAACUUACCUACAAUUGGUAUUUAUGUUGCAAUGUUUCGAUCUGUUUCAUUGACAUUUUUCAAGGUCGGAGCGUUACUGGUUUUUCUUAUCGUUGCAUUUGGAUUGAGCUUUUAUAUUAUUUUGGGUCAUGAGAAAGCAUUCAGUAGCGGAUUAUAUUCAAUCCUUAAGACUUUUGACAUGAUGGUUGGGGAAUUGGAUUACAAUGAUAUGUUCUUCACACCAAUCUAUGAAAAAAGAACUCGUUAUCCAUUUGAUAUUCUUGCUAUCAUAAUUUUUCUUACUUGUACCACUUUCUUACCUAUCGUUGCUAUCAAUUUAACGGUUGGUUUAGCCGUUGGCGAUAUCGAUAAAAUUGAGCGUAAUGCUGUCCUAAGUCGGAUUAAAGUUCAAGUGGAAUUUCUUGAUCAGAUUGAAAGAGAAUUACCCUCCAUAAUAAGGGAAAGGCUUUACUACAGUCAAGAGGAAAAGAAAGAGCUAGGCUUUCAAAUGAAGCUGAAAACUUACUUUAAACAAGCGCAAGAUGUAGUCGAAGUAGAAGAUGAAGACAAUAACACUCAGAAUGAGAUUGAAGAAGUGAAAGACCAAUUAAAACACCAAGAUGAAAAGUAA